AUGGAGUUGUACGGAGAGCUCUACGACUGUGACGAGUUGCUGGACGAGUACAACGCGGACUGCGCGGAGGAAACGCGCCACUGCACAGAUGCAUCGCCCCACUGGGGGGACAGCACCGCCCAGUGUGCUGAGGACGAAGCGCACGUGAAGAACAUCGAGGCGGACAUAAAGAGCAACCAGAAAAACGUGUCGACGCAGUACCUGUUCCUGUACAUCAACACGUUUAAGCAGAAGAACUUCCAGAGCGGUGGGCCUCUGUACGUGGUGAACUUCUACGACGUGCACAUGAAGAACGACGAUCGGAAUGUGCUGGAGACGGAGAAGGACCUCGUGGAGGGUUGCUUGGAGAACGCCUCGAGGGGGGGCCACGGCCACAGCGGUGGUGAUGCCGCUAAUUCCGAUGCUGGCGAUGCUGACGAUGCCGCUAAUACGGCUAAUACCGCUAAUACCGCUUCCGCCGUGCUGAAUGGCCGGCGCGCCAAGCACUACCUGUUCAGGAUCUACGAAACGAUUCUGAAGCACUUCCCGUUCAGCUUCAAGCUGUGGUACCACUACCUGAAGGACCGCAUAGAAAUGCUGAGCGCAAUUUACUACGACGAGAAGGAGGAGUACGAAGACGUGAAUCAGGCGUUCGAGCGGUGCCUACUCUACAUGUACCACUUUAAGGCCAUCUACAUUUUAUACAUUCAGUUUUUGUUCCUCCAAAGGAAGGUGCAGAAGAUAAGGCUCAUUUUUAACCGUGCCCUACAGAACAUCUCCCUCAAUCAACAUGAAGACCUCUGGGAGUACCAGCUGAAGUAUAGCAAAAAAAUAAAAAGCAAGUUGAUAAACUACGAAUAUGUUAAGCGGUACGUGACGAUUUACCCGGAGCAGAUUGUCCAUCUGUUUAACCACUACGUGAAAUACAAAAUGUGUAAGCAUGCCCUGAAUACCUUUUUCUACAUGUUCAGUUGUGAUGAGGAGGAGCAUCUUCAACUGGGAGACAAAUCCAAAUAUGACUUGUACCGGGAAAUGUUUCAACUGAUAAGCUCCCGUAAAAGGUUAGACAAUGACGUGUUGAUAACUUUAAGGAAAAACUUCGAUAGCUUUAAGCGGUAUGAAAAUGUCACCUCCAUUUAUACGUUGCUGGCGAAUAGCUUCGUGUAUGAGGGUCGAUGGAACAAGGCCAUGGAUGCGUAUGAGGAGGGCAUCUUGGAGUGCUACACGGUGAACGAUUUUGCGGUGCUCUUCGAGGGAUACAUCGAGACGAUGAAGGUGCUCAUCGAGUUGAAGAUGCAGGGGGGGGGAAGCGGCACCGGAAGUGAUGACGAGGGGGGUACCGAGGCAGACAGCCGCCAUCGCCGCCGCAACCGCCAAUCAGGGGACGACCCCGUGGUGGAGCUCUACAUGGACAAAAUAAACUUCCUGCUGGACAAGCGCAAGGCGUUCAUAGCGGACAUCAAGCUGAAGAACAACCAGAGGGACGUCUACGUCUGGCUGGGCAAGAUAGACGCGGUGGAGACGGCGGAGGAGCGGGUGGAACUCUACAAUAGGUGUUUGAAGCACUUUGAAGACGGGGACUACGCGGGCCGACUGAGCGACGUGUACAUCAGCUACGCCUAUUUCCACUACAACAGAAGUGAGUAUGACAAAGCGGUGAACGUGUUUAAUAGGGCCGUCCGCGACCAGAAUUUCAAAACGUUAAAUGAAAUUUCCAGUGUGUACUGCUCCUGGAUGGAGGUGGAGUUACUUGAGGGAAAUUCCAAGCAGGCCUUGCGCAUAGCCCGCCUGGCCAUCGAUCUGAGCAGCGGCAGUGGCAGCAGUGGCAGUAGCAGCAGGACGAUGCGAAAGGACCAGGUUGCAAACCUCAAUCAAAACUUCCCCCUUUUGAAUAACGUAAAAUUAGCCUGCCUUGUCCUAGAUUUGGAAAUAAAUUAUGGCACCAUCGAAACGGCUACAAACCUGUUUGAUGUGCUGUACCAUAAGAAGAGCAUCACCGUCAAGAUGGUCCUCUCCUUUGCCAACUACCUCUAUGAGCACAAGUACUUUUACGAAUGCUUCAAAACGUAUGAGAAGGCCAUUUCCAUCUUCCACUACCCCUAUUUGUACCCGGUGUACGUACACUACAUAAGCAAGUAUGUGGAGCGUUACAGGGACAAAAACAUUUUCUACGUGCGUGAGCUCUACAGACAAGCCAUUUACGGAGUGGAUGAGAGCACAUUCAUCCCGAAGGAGUUUGCCAAAACGGUGUUCCUUAUGUACGCCGCCUUUGAGGAGAACUACGGGUUUCUGAAGAGGUCCCUCUCCAUUUACAAGGAGGCCAUUCCCUUCCUGCCCGACCCGGACAAAGUCAAGUUCUACAAGCUGUUCAUUUCGAAGGUCUCUAAAUCGUACGGAGUGCACAAGGCAAGGGAGGCCUUCGAAGAGGCCAUCCAGACGCUGAAGGACGACGACGCGCGCGAAAUAUGCCUCUUAUACAUCGACAUGGAGUACAAGCUGAACGAAUACGAGCGCGUCCGGGCGCUUUACAUCUACACGGCGCAGUUCACCAACCCGUCUGCGCACGUGUCGUUUUACCAGGACUGGCGAGAAUUCGAAGCGCUGCACGGCAACGAGCACACCUUCAGGGAAAUGAUAAGAAUCAAGAGGAGCGUCCUCAGCCUGUUCUCAAACUCGCGCAGCGGCAGCAAGCCAUUGGGCAUGUUGGAGGGCGACGAUACGAACGCUUUGGAGAGUACCAAGAGGAAGCUGCAGGAGAUGAUUGACAAUGAGGAGGCCGCUCAGAAAAGGGUGAAGGUGGGAUGACCCCCUGUUUGUUUUGCAUUCACCCCCUUUGAAUCUUUCCCCUCGGUGUUGGGGCGGUGAGAUUGCAUGGAUUCACAAUGGACAGCCGCGCAAUGCGAGCACAUCAUUUGAGCGUCUCCAGCUGUGUGUAAACUUAUUCAUGUGCACAUAUCCGCUUGACCGUGUGUGUACUGCCU